AUGCACCACAUUCUCCUUCCUCCCCGUGAAAAAAUUGUCAAUCACGAUCACGUCGUCCCCCCUGGCGAUCAGCUUAUCCACCAAAUGGCUCCCGACAAAACCGGCGCCGCCGGUGACGACUAUCCUCCUCCUCUUCCUCCCAAUCCCCACCGGAACCCGCCCCACCCCGUUCGAGUACCGAUUGUAGCUCCCCUCUCCGGAAAGGCUACGGGAAUCGACCGGCACCUCACGAUCCCCAAAAUCGGCCAGCGAAUUGCGGCUGCCGGAGGAGAUCCGAGGCCUUCGGAUCGAGAGAGACGGCUGGAUGAUGAAGAAGGUGGAGCCGAUCAGCACGCCAAUGAGGAUGAAGAGGAGGCGCUGCUCGCAGAGGAUAUAGCUGAGGGAUCUGUGGAGGGACCGGUGAGAUUGGAGAGAGAGAGAGAGAGAUUUGGAGGUAAAACGGAGAUGGGUGGAGUGAAGAAUACGGGCGGAGGAGGAGGACUAGUGCGGUGGCGCGUGAGCACGACUAGUGCGGUGUACAGUGUGCAUAGAUCCAAUUCUGGGAGUGAUGAUAAAUAA